CCUGUUACAUUAAACGGGUAGUGUUUCAAUUGAAAAUGUUAAAUGGCAUGGUUGUUGUUCAGCAGGCUGUACAAUAAGUAACUACAUUUACUGAUAACUGAUAAGCAUUGCUACGCAAAGCCUGUACAUAACCUUUGGACCAUGAUUUUGCUAUGUUCAAAAUCGUACUAGGUGUGCCACUUACUGUGCUAGUACUUUCAGUGGUGUUGCCUUGGUUUUUUGUGAUGAACCCUCCCUCUGCAGAGAUGCCAAUGGCGAACAGUGGACUAAUAUUUGUUUCGAGUGCAGCUAAAGUGCAUAAUGUUUGCCAGAAAGUCAGUAGAUUAGUGCAAAAGGUGCUGUAUAUAAAAAUUAACAGCAGUUCUGAGACUGCUUUGUCUUUGAUCAGCAGACAGAUUGCACAAGUUUAUUCUAAGGCCACACACUACUGCAACAAUUUGGAUGUAAGACUAAUGCUGAAACCUAAUGAGCCUAUGAAGAAUUUGAAGACAAGUCAACCUAUAGACUUGAUUCUCUAUGACAGUGAGCUAACUAAAGAUAUAGACAAGCUCAAACAUACUGUCGUCACGCUGAGUAGUGAUUAUAAGCUACAUUAUUUGGGUACUUCUCUAGAAUCAAUUGGUGAAGAUGUGGCCAAUGACCAGCAGCCUGUGAAACAGUAUGAGUAUGUGGCGCUAGGAGGCACUUUCGACCGCCUGCACAAUGGACAUAAAAUACUCUUAUCUCAGGCUGUGUUACGGUCUACCAAACAUCUAACUGUCGGGGUUACUGAUGUUAACAUGAUACAAUCUAAAAAGCUAUGGGAAUUAAUUGAACCAGUUGAAAAGAGGAUAGCAGCAGUGCUUGAAUUUGUAAUAGAUAUUAAUCCAGAUUUAGAAUAUUGUGUACUUCCUAUUCAAGAUAUAUAUGGACCCACAAAAGACGAUCCUAAAUAUCAGAUGUUAGUGGUAAGUGAAGAAACAAUCAAAGGUGGUGUGAAAGUAAAUGAGAAAAGAGUAGAAAAUGGUAUUCCUAAACUAGACACGUAUGUGAUUGGGUUGGCAACGGACGCGCAGCAGUCUGCUGAAGAAGAGACUAAAGUCAGCUCCAGUAAUCAGAGGAUGCGACUUUUGGGUACUAUACUUAGGCCACCCGUGCCAAACCCUAAAAUUCCAGAAUGGCCCUAUGUAAUCGGCUUGGCAGGCGGUAUUGCGAGUGGAAAAAGCAACAUUGCGGAAAAGUUGAAUGCGAAAGGCGCAGCUAUAGUGAACUGCGAUUUCAUAGCGCACGAUCUGUACAAGCCAGGUCUGCCGCUCAAUCAGACAAUUGCCGAGACUUUUGGUACCCAUGUGAUCGCAGAAAACGGAGAUGUUGACCGCAAGAAGUUGGGGAGCAUUGUUUUUGGGGAUAAGGAACAACUUGAGAAGCUGAAUCAGAUCUUGUGGCCAGCUAUCUUGGAGGAAGCUCAAAGGCGCAUUCGUGCACUUGGAGAACAGGGUUUCCGUGUGGUAGUGAUGGAAGCUGCUGUAGUGGUGCGCGCUCAUUGGUACAAUUACUGCCAUCAGCUUUGGUCCGUUAUCAUUCCUCCUAACGAGGCAAUAAAGAGACUUCAGAAGCGUAAUAAUCUAACAGAAGAAGAAGCAAGGCACCGGUUAGAAGCACAGCCUACAAAUUUAGAACAAGUGGCACACGCCAACGUCGUAUUCAGCCCGUUUUGGAGUUAUGAAUACACGCAGCAACAAGUCGACAAGGCUUGGGAUAAUUUACAGCAGUACUUGAAUGAACGGAAGGGUGAUACUGCCAAGUUGUGAAUAUUGUCUUGGUAAGUAAAGGUGCAACAGGGCAACAAUCUGUGGAUACAUACAUCGGACUAGAUUGAGAAGACGGUGGGUACCCUGAGCAAACCGCUUGCAAGUGGUACCGUUUUCUCAUCUACAACACGUACACAUACGUUAUAAUUUAAUAAGCAGAGAAGAGCAAGGUAUUUAAAUAAGCAGUUUCUGAUAUUCACAAAAUGAAUAGAUGCCAAAAUAUCUACUAACACUAUGACCCAGCACCCAAUAACAAGACGGCAUGACAGCAGGGGGUUUUUAUGUGACGCAUAGAAACAUACUUCAAUGUUGUUACAUUACAGUUGAAUUUUUAAUGAUAAUGGUCGUAGCUUUGAAAACAAAGCUGCGUCAAGCUUAGGGAUAGCGAGUAGGCAAUCGCCGUCACGCCUCGAUAAAAACCUUCGGGAUGCUUCGGCAGGCUUUUGCGUUUAGGCUCGGCGCUCAAUGACGGCACGGGACGGCAAGUAGUUAAUAUACCUUAACAUUGCGACAUUAUAGUUGCAAUUUCAAUGAUAAUGAUAGUAACUGCA